CGGCAGCAGCAGCAGCAGCAGCAGCAGCAGCAGCAUUCACGCACAGAGUCCCAACAAGGGACAGACAGGGUCCAACGAAGUCCCCUGUCCGGAACCACAAACCAGCACUGGAUACCUGACACGGUAAAAGUGGAGAAAACGACGCUUUUUUUUGAAGUGCACCAUUGCAUAUUAACAUUUUUAUUUAACCUUAGAUAAUAAAGAAGUUGGUUUAAGUUUUCUACUCGCAGCAGCAGCAGGAGAAAGAGCCUGAAAGCCGCCCGGCGUGAAGACAACACCAACCUAAACUUCACUGACUGCACGCUUGGUUUAGGCUCACAUCGCCGACUUAUUCUAGAAACCUGAUUUGUAGAUUUAUCGGACAGUGGUUGUUUCUCUUGUUUUUUUUUGAGUCAAAAACCUCCAACUUAUUAUUUAAAAAAACAAAAAAAAAACAAAAAAACAAAACAAGGUUAUCUCGUUUGUUUGGGACAUAUCAGGCAACACAGAGAUAAGAGAAGACAGAAACUCGAAGAGCAGGACUGACUGGAGAAGUGGAUGUAUUUUCAGCUAUGGAUGUAACAGUUUACCCGCCUCCUCCUCAGCCUCUGACCGCGUCAGACCACUCCAGGCUGGGGCAGCUCUCCUACCCUGACCCGGCCUUUGGGACCAACAAGCUGGAUGGGGACACCAUGUUCCUGAGUAUGCCAGACGCAGGCCUUGACUUUGCCUCGACCAAUCAGUUUCGGGUGCCACAGCCCCCUCACCCUCUCAGCAAGGUGACGCCACCCUCGCAGCACUGGAGGAGGGACACACACAUGGCCGACACACACCGUCUGCCUUGGUCAUACUCAAUGGGUGGUUUGGGCGAUGAGGACUUCAACAUCCCACCCAUCACUCCCCCCACCCUGCCAGACCACAUGCUGCCCCCCCAUCUCCCCCACGAUUCCCCCUCUGGACCGUACCACCCUCUGGACUCCCCCUCCAGCUCAGCUCCACACCACCCCUACCAGCUGCAGGGCAUGGAUAUGCCUGGUAUGCCUGGUAGACAAGAUGGAGCUUCUAUGUUGAACCAAGAUGGUGGCGCAUACAGUCCGAAUGGCGGCCCAAUGACCAGCACUCUGUCUGUGAUGCAGCAGAUGGUGAACUCUGAUUCUCGGUUUACCAGCAGCCAGCAGCCAAUCGAGGCAGCGCUCGGACCCAGGAGCCAAUCAGGCAUGAGCCAGCAGAGUCAGCUGUCCACCAUUAACCAAUCCCAGCUGGGGCUGAGUGGGAACUCUGUUACCCAUAGUUCCCCUUCACCUCCUGGAAGUAAAUCCGCCACACCAUCUCCCUCCAGUUCAGCACAUGAGGAUGAGAAUGAUGACGGACUCAGGCUGGGCAGUGGAGGAGAGAAGAGGCCAGCGUCAGUGGACAUCUCCAAGAAACCCAAAACACCAAAGAAGAAGAAGCGAAAGGACCCCAAUGAGCCAGUGAAGCCGGUGUCUGCCUACGCCUUGUUCUUCAGGGACACCCAAGCCAACAUCAAGGCCCAGAACCCCAACGCCACCUUCGGGGAGGUGUCAAAGAUCGUGGCCUCCAUGUGGGACGGCCUGGGAGAGGAACAGAAACAGGUGUACAAGAAGAGGACAGAGACGGCUAAGAAGGAGUAUCUGAAACAACUGGCUGCCUACAGAGCCAGUCUGGUCUCUCAGAGUUACAAUGAUCCGUCUGAAAUGAAGCCGCCCCACUCUUCCUCCACGACUUCUUCUUCUACCUCAAUGUUUACACCCAAACCUUCAGUCUACCCAGGCCAGCACCCUUCCAGCUCACUCGCCCACACUCACCCUCACCAUCAGCCUCACCCUCACUCUCACCCUCAGCACCCAGGCAUGUACAUGCAGUACUCUCACCCUCAGCACCCUUCCCACGCCUCAAGCCCCGGCCUCGGCCACAACCUCCGCCCUCCUCACAACCAGAUGCACCCCCAGCUCCAGGCUCUGUCCUCCAGAGGGACUGUGCCGCGGCCCAGCGUCCCGCACCAGGGAGCUCUGUCCCUUGGCAACAUGGCGGCGGCGUCCACCCCUCCUCUCCAGGUCAGCCCUCCCCUCCACAGCCAGGCACACCUGGGGGGGAUGCACAGUCCACACCAUCAGCACCAGCAGCUCAGUGGACACUCACUGGGAAUGACUCACUCGCCUGCCAUCACACAGGGCUAUCACUCCCCACUCCAGUCUGACUACCAGCCAAUGGGAGGAGGCAUGCUUAAUGGUGGAGCAGUGAUCUCAUCAUCAGUGGACUACCACCAGCUGGGUCGACACACACCGAACCACCACCCCUCUCUGGACUGGAGCACUGAUUAUCAUGGCAACGGAGGUCUUCAGAGAGACAAACAUCUCUAUCUGAGCUAAUCUCAGGACAAAGUGACACCAAACGUCAACCAAGCCCUUCUACUGCCACACCAUGAAACCUCCAGCCUCGUCUCCACAUGAACCCAGGCCAGUCUAGUCCAACCUCAACCCACAGAGGACCACCUACACUUGAACCAAACUUGAGUUCAGCGCUUCAAACUAAAGCCCAAGCAGUAGAAUAAUGAGGCAUUUCUGUGUAUUAUUACUACGGGGGCAGUGUUAAGACCAGGAAGAAGAAAUACUUCCUUCCAGCUCCUGCAUGUCCCUUGGCUGGUCUGACAUCUGUUAUUGGCUGUAUUUUUUCUACUGCAUAUGUGACAUGCUAUGAUUUGAAUUGGAAAUGUGUAUACCAGUGAGGAGAGGUAGGGCAGGUCCUGUGCUGUGAACCAUUAAUGAUACUGUAGGUGUAUAUACUCCAGACUCCCUCAGAAUGGGACAUUCUCUCUAAAAAGAUCAUAUCUGAUUCCUCAUUUUGUAUAAUGAUGGUGUUUACUGUCAGUUCCAAAAGGCUCUGAAGAGCAAGUGUAAAUUGCUGUAACAUAAUUGUUUGAGCUGUUGAUUUAAAAAGCCAAAUUAUUAUUAUUAUUUUUGACCUUGUAGUUGCUGUAUCUUUCUACGGCCAAAGUGAAGAGAACUCGGCAGACAAACGAAGGGUUUAAAACCAAAUACUACACAAAAUUUCCCUGCUGGUUCUUUAAUUAAAUGAAUAUAAGCCUUUGAUUUGAUGCAGUGUGGACCCAAGUCCCGAUUGCUGUCUGUAGAGAUCGUGGUUCUGAACAGAGUGACAGCUUUAUUCAGCUAAAAACAAAUACGAGAAAAAGGCGGAAAAAGCACCUGAGGCUGUUUGUUGCCUUCUUAACCAGGCGUUGACUAAAUAAUUGUGUACGAUUAAAGAACUUUCAUUGUUCUCUGUCAGGAAAGCUCAGAUCUGCAGGGUAGAAAUUCAAUGUAUUUUAGUCCUUGAAAUAAUGAAAUGUCAAACAAUUCUUUGUUGAAAAAAAAAAAAAAAAGGAAACAGAAAUAGUCCUUUGUAAGAUGACAGCUCCUCCUCCUGGCAUAUGUCUGUUGAUAAUAUUGAUUUGGAUCCAAACUGUGUGUGUGUGUGUGUGAGAGAGUGUGUGAAGUGUUAAUGAGAAGGCAGAGUGGCUGGUCGGGCUGCAUGGUCUCUUUUGUCAUCUCGAUUUCUCUGUGCUCAGAGGCUAUUUAAGAAACUAUAACUGUUGCUGGGUUGGCUGUGUUUUAAUGUUGUUUUUUUGUAAAUCAAAUCAAGUUUUGUUUUAGUGUUAAUGAUGAUGAUGAUGAGAGACACAUCUCUCUCGCCCUGUAUCUCUUUGUAUUAAUGUGUUUUUGGCAGAUGAAAGGACUCUGGGCAACAACAACCAUGAAGGUUUUCUUAUUUUUAGAUUCUAAUAAUGUGUUUGAGAAUAAAGUCAGCGCUGCAUUGAUGUGCAGUCAUUACUCCAAAA